UGCACGUACUCAAAACAAUAGCCCCGCAGAACCACAUGAACCUACAAAUUGGUCAGGGGGACCAAGACGUGAGUGGAACACCCCAGACGCCCGAGGGGGUACAUGCUUGGGAGUGUGAGUGCCUUACGUAGAAAGAGAGCAGGAAAGAGAGGAAGUCGAAAAAGGGAGGAGGAACAUAGAAAGAACCUUCGUUCCUCAACCAGAAGGUCCUCUUCCAUAAAUACGUACAGCUGUACACGCGUAGGGCUACUAGUACAAACAGGGACGAGGCCACGCUCAGCCUUAUUCUCUGACGGAGAAGGACAGCAGGACGGGCGAUGAGAGAGAUUUUGGACUUGAACCAUGAAACAUGAUUCCCUGGUCCAAUUGGCAGUUGCCUCGAGACGCUCACCCGGGAUCAACCUAACUUUACUACCGCUACCGCGAGCCUUCUGGAAUAGGGCCUCAUCAAAACAGUGCUUCUUCCAGUUUGGGCAUUCCUGUGAGCCAUCCAAAUCCAAGGUCACGCCCAUAAUUUAGUUCCUCGUUCUGUAGCAGUCGGAUGUCCCUUGAAACCUAGAGGUUGAUUUUUUUCUCUUCUGCUAUGCCAAGAUGUACCGCUGUGGAACGCGGAAUGUCCAUAACCCUAACGAAACAGAGUUCCAAAUCCUCUCUUCACACAUCGCCCAACUCGUCACGGGAUUCUCUCCUCCAGGUUCCUUCUCCGGGAUUGCAACCCAGCCCGCAAGGAACCCAUUCUUCCCAUGCCAGCACAUCGUCCUCAAUAACUGGUCGGAAGAGUCCCCUCCUUUUGAAGUCGCCGUCGAUCCUGAGAACCGUGGGCCUCUUAGGAGGAGAUAAUGCUCGUUCUCAAAGCUUAGACACACCAGAUACCUCUCUCUCGACCAAAGAUCUCCGACGAGCGUCCAUUGCCAAUCGCUCCAAGUCUUUAAAUGCAGCUGGAUCACUGGACCAUCCCGAUUCAUCUCACUCCUCGGCGGCAGUAUCCAAUUCCUCGAUACCUGUUACUGAAAGGGAACCCACUGUGAUUGCCCCUGGCACAUGCUUGAGCCAACAAACCCAACAAACCACUUGGAUCAACGGGGCCUUGGUGACGGAUGUCAAAACAAGCAAAGUCAAUGCUGAUUCAGCCGCUUCGCCCGGGGGAGGUUGGCCUUUGUUCUUUUCACUCCCGCAUUUGAUUAUGAUGUCCAAUCUCCAAAACUUUCUGGGAGCCCGCAACUGCAAGAAGCCUUCGAUUCAGCCCAAUGACUACAUGGACGGGUUGAUUGCCAAUAUGAAAACCGACAUGAAGGAAAGAGGGCUUCAUGAAAUGACUCUCCCUGACCAAGAAAUUGGAGUGGCCUUGUUCGAUGGACAAAUGAGUGGUCUGACUAAUCUUUCUCGGAGGGGUGAUGCCUUGCUGGAAGCGGAAACCGACCACUUUCUUCUCACUUUUGCCCUUCAAGCCAAAGACCUAAGAUGCGCUUACGGUUGGCGGAAACAACGCCUCAAAGGCGAGGUGGUGGCAAACGUGGAAAAGGUCACUCUAAACCUGAAGAUCAAACAGAUGCUUCCAACGAGCACUCCACCCGAACUUCUAAAUUUCCAUGUGGAGGAAGUGGAUGGCGUCCAGGUGUACUUGCAUGGUUUGGGUCCCUUGAACGGGCUGGUGAAGCGGCUCCUUCGGGCUUUCUUGAGGAGGCAUCUCAAGGAUUACUUGGAGCGAGAAUGUAAAGACCUCAUCGCCCAAGAGCUACGAAAUGCUGCCACGGAAGAAGGCUAUUUUGGAAAAGGUCUCAUAUGAGAACACACGAGGGACGUUUAAACAAAAAAGUUGGAGAACAAACUCACUCACCCACGAGAUCUAACAAAAGAGGCCAAAAAGGCGGAAUUGUCGACAUGGAGCUCCUUGCGUUUCACAUUUCUGGACAAGUUGGAGAUUCGUCACCGAGCGACUACAAACCCUUUCAUGUGAAUUGGAAGCAACAAGUUUCAUGUGUCAUAGCACAAAAUACCUACUCAGUCAGAAACUAGAACCCCGCCAGUUGAAAACGAUGCAUCUAACAUCGGCUCAAAGCAUAACUGGAAUUGAUUUCAUAUUCGAUCCUUUCUGAGUCCCUUGUAUGUUCUUUCCUUGUGUUCCAAUUUAUGUGCCAAGGACUUGAUGUCCAAUGUCCGCACCAAGAAUCGAUAUUUUGAACUCUCGUUGUGCCAUGAAACCUGGAUGUGAAUUUCUCCUCUCUCUCGAAAAAUAAAUGUCCGUGAUAUUUUAAAA